AUGUGAGAGUGAUGUAACAUCCGAUCGUUUCUAUUUAAUAAUUACAGAACCUACUAUUUAAGACCUGAUACGGUUUUUUUCUUCCUGAGAAAUACAUGCUUUUCAACUUCUUGUAUCCCAAUCGCGCUCAAGGAAUGGAUACGAAUAGUCCUUCAGUGAAUGGUGUCGCCUAUACCGAAGCUGCGGAGAUACUGAAACCAGACCCAGAUCCCUUCUCUGGUCCGCUCCAAUCCGUCGCGCCGUGGAACUUCAAAAUCUUGGCUGCUUUGAUGUUCAUAAUAACAUCUUUGUCUCUGUCUGAGAACUUCACUGUUAUGCUCGUUACGUUUAGGUUCAAACAACUGAGACAGCCCCUGAACUACAUAAUUGUUAACCUGUCUCUUGCUGACUUUCUUAUGUCGCUAAUCGGGGGCACGAUAAGUUUUUUGACUAAUGCUAAAGGCUACUUCUUCUUGGGAGCUUGGGCGUGCGUAUUGGAAGGAUUCGCUGUGACUUUUUUCGGAAUUGUCGGCCUGUGGUCGCUCGCUGUCCUGGCCUUCGAGCGCUUCUUCGUGAUCUGCCGUCCGCUAGGGAACAUCCGUCUGCGAGGGAAGCACGCCGUGCUGGGGCUGCUGUUUGUCUGGACCUUCUCCUUCAUCUGGACUAUCCCCCCGGUGCUGGGCUGGAGCAGCUACACCACCAGCAAGAUUGGCACCACCUGUGAACCCAACUGGUACUCGGAAGAUCCCUCUGACCACGGCUUCAUCAUCACCUUCUUCUGCACCUGCUUCAUCCUGCCGCUCACCGUCAUCAUCAUCUCCUACAGCAAGCUGAUGAGGAAACUGAGGAAGGUUUCCAAUGUACACGGCAGGCUAGGUAAUGCCAGGAAACCGGAUCGUCAGGUGACGCGCAUGGUCGUGGUCAUGAUCGUGGCCUUCAUGGUGGGCUGGACGCCAUAUGCGGUCUUCUCCAUUACUGUCACGGCCUGCCCCAGCAUCCACCUGGACCCCCGCCUGGCCGCGAUCCCCGCCUUCUUCUCCAAAACCGCCGCCGUCUACAACCCGGUCAUCUACGUCUUCAUGAACAAACAGUUCAGGAAAUGUCUGAUCCAGCUGUUCAGCUGCAGCAGCAGCGCCCCCCUGGACUCCACCGUGAACCAGACGUCGGAGCGGCCGGGCGCGACCGGCGAGAGCAACACGGGCGAGAUGUCGACCAUCUCCGCCCGGAUCCCUGCGGCCGCGGGCGGGGCACAGAAUCAGGAUGACGAGACGAGCGAGGGCAGCACCUUCGCUGAACUGCCCAUCCCUGAGAACAAAGUCUGCCCCAUGUAGGACAGUGCCUCUUCUCUAGAACCCCUACUACUGCACAGAGUCACAGACAGGAGACACCCACUCACAGACAGGAGACACACACUCUCAGACAUGAGACACACACUCUCAAACAGGGAGACAUGCACUCACAGACAUGGAGAUACAUACAGACACCGACACACACUCACAGACAUGGAGGUAUGCACUCACAGACGUGGAGAUACAUACAGACAGAGUCACACACUCACAGACAUGGAGACACACAGACACGGAGACACAAGCUCACUGAAACACAUACACAUACACACACACACACACACACACACACACACACACUGGAACUUUACUACCUCCCUGCCUCAUUGAAAUGGACACUUCUGUGUUCCCUUUUGACAGUGAGCUAACACUUGGAAUCUAUAUAGAUCAGAUUUAAGUCACGACUCAAGAGAGGGAAAUUGUGUGCUUCUUAUGACAAUAGUAAAGCACAACAGCAGCUCUGGAAUAAUACAUGUCCACUUGAAGAACAUUAUUAUGAUUCAGAUUCAUAUUUUCUAGUUUACUCAUUAGCUAGUUGAAACAUAUUAUAAUUUAAUGUAUAUUUAAACCUCUGUAAUAUAAGCUGAAAACUGCCACUGGCACUCCCACAAAAUGUAUAAAUUAGCAUUACAAAAGAAAUGAAAUGUAUAUUCUUCAACUUCAA